CUGGGAAGAGGUUGGGAACUGGGAGACUGCUGGUGGGAGUUUUCUCUCCUCUUCACAGACCCAUUUGACUGUGUUGUGGCCGGUUCCAGACCAGGGGCAAGUUGACUCAGUGGCUACAGCUGGACAGGCAAUAACCAUAAGCAUGGACCUGAAAAUUGUGGCUGCUUCCAUCAUGUUACUGCUUUUAUGUUCUGAAGUAUCCAGCUAUCGCCUGCAGAAACGAGAAGUUCAGGAGGAAGACACGAUUAGUCAAAUUCAGGAAGCGGCUAAAAAAUACUGGGAUCAAGUUUCCGGGACAGCCCAGAGCUGGUCUGAUGCAGUCAAGUCUAUGACCGUUUAUGAGAAAGCCCGUGACGCCUACGAGAAAGCUACCUCAGCCGUGAGCACUUACUUUGGCAUCUUCUCGGAUCAAGUCAUCCACUGGUGGCAAGAUGCUGAUCAUUAAAACAGAGCCGUCAUUUCCCUUCGGUGGAGACGGGCUAAUGAGUUUCGGCGAGCCAAUGACACCACCACCCGGCCCUCUUUUCCCCCCACACAUUUUGAGAACAAAGACAAUUUGCUGCCGACAAGGAGAAUAAAGUUCUUUCCCUUUUUUGCUCUGUUCA